AUGUAAGUUAAUAAAUAGAAGUGUAUGUUUUGUGAGAAACUAAAAACAGAUGGAUCUUUUCACUUUAUUCUAAAAAGAGCUCUCUAUUGCAAAUACUCUCAAUCUCAGAAUCUGAUAUUCUCAAAAGACAUUAAUGAUAUCUUAGAUGAUAAUACAACAAAAUGUACUAUUCAUUAUAAAGAUCAUUUGCAUUUCAAUGAUUAAAUUGAAUUUAUGAGAAGGUAUCUCAAUUAUUUCAAUACAGAUUUUAUCGUUUUUUUGAGAGUGAUGAUCGAUUGCCAUCUUUAUUUGAGUAUUAUAAAUACCAUAUCAAUAUUCCUCGAAACUUUUACUCCAAAAUUAUUAAUAAACGUAUGGAAAAGAAUAGAGAACUUCGUUAUUUAAAGAUCAAAUAAGAACUAGGUCUAAAUUAAGAAAUUACAAAUGAACCAUCUCCAAAAAAGAAAGACACUUCUGAAGAUUAAUCUGUAAGUCAAAUGAAGAAUCUGCUCAAAGAUCUAAAAAUUGAAUCAACACAAACUGAUGUCUCUAGAGUAAGCAAUACUACUAUAUUGAAAGAUCUAGUUAAAAUGAUUGGAAAUAAUACAGAAAAAACAAAGCCUUUUUAAAUCUUUAAUUAUAAUAAACUUAUAUAAAAAUAAAUCAAUCCUUUGAUUGAAGCUUAAAAAUUAUAGUUAAAGAAAUUAGAACAACCUCAUAAUAAUGAAAAUACAAUAAAACAUAUUAAAUAGCCUUCAUUAACUGAUAGACAUCCUAAAUCUAAUUUAUUAUCUAGAAAUUCAUCACAUUCCAAAAUCAAAGUUGAAGUAAAACCAAUCAAAAGACCUCCUUAGUUAAAAUAAAGAUAAGCAUCUUUAGGAAAUAUUGAAAUUACAAAAUCAUGUCAAACUACUUCUAGAAACAAUCCAUAAUAAAAUGAAUUACUCAUGGAAUUGGCUAAGAAAGUAUUUUCAACUAAAAUAGCAUUAAACAAUAAUAUUAUGACUAAAAAGAAAAUUAAUUAAUAAUAAAACAAUAACUUUUUUGUUAAAGGAAGAUCAAAUAUAUAAGGAAGUUUGAAGAAUUUAGAAGAUUUAAAGAGUUCUAUGAGAAGUUUAAAUGUUCAUCGUAAGACUCCAAAUAAAUUAAUUAAAUCACAUUAAGGUACUCCAAAUUAGAAAAAAAAAUGA